AUGCCCACUGCCCCAGGAACCAAUCGCUCGUAUUCUCCUAGAGAUGCCAUUACCAGCCUGAUGAUGCUUUUUCCCAAUCUUCGCAGCACCUCUUUCUUCAAUGUCAUACUCGACAAAUUACCCAUACACCCAGGGGCAUGUAGCCAUGUGAAAGAGGUCAAGCUAUUGUUUUGCAGUGCUUCCGUCAUGGGCAUGAACACGUUCAUGAGUCAUUUUUUGCAUCUUGAUACACUGCAAAUAUCCUGGCCUGAGCUGAUGCUCCCUCCCAUCUACUUCUAUAAGGCCAAACUCAUUGAGCGCAUCAAUGCUGGGUGUUUAUCCGCAUUUUUAAAAAACGUGGGAGAUACUUUACACGAGUUUUCAGCUAUCAACAAUGAUUGGCCCACUCCCGACGAAUCCCAAUUCACGAAAUUGACCUGGAUAUUAACCUCACUGUUUCCAGACAUACGCAUAGAUGUCCGUGUCCGACGGUCCACUGUUAUAGUCCCUGGACAUGAAGGAACCUUCUCUGAAAUGUCUUUGCAAGACUUGCCUGCACCCUUCCUUCGCCUACUUCGGGUACGACUGAUUGUCACCAAGAAGGAGAGGAAAUUUUAUGAUAGCAGCUAUACGGAAACUACCGUAAAAGUUAUUGAACUGUACACCUAUCAUUCUGGAUCAUGUUCUUCACAAAACUGA